UAUUCAGAAAUAGAUAUGGCUUAUUCAUGUUCAUUCAAGCCUUUGCUACUCUUUCUCCUUUUCUUCAUCGCUACCUCUCAGGCUAGAGACUCCAUCACCACUCACCUUCAUUUCUUUCUCCACGAGAACUAUAUCAGCCCCAACGCCACCUCUAUAACCGUCGUCAACUCCACCAACAACAACCCCGGCGGCUUCGGCAGGAUCUGGAUCUUCGACGAUGAACUACGAGAAGGCUCGAGCGCCAACUCCAAGCUCAUUGGGAGGGCCCAAGGCAUGGCUCCCGAGGUGUCGCUUAGCCAGAGGGCUUGGUCCGUACUGAUCGACUUCGUCUUCACAGACGGAGAGUAUAACGGUAGCUCGCUCACGGCGGCGGGCCGGGCGACGUUCGGGGGACCCAUCGAGCGCAGCAUCAUCGGUGGCACUGGAAAAUUUCGAAUGGCGAGGGGCUACACCAUCAAUACAUUGCAAUAUGGUGAUUUGGCAGGACACGUAAUCGCCGAGUAUGAUGCUUAUGUCGUGCAUUAAUUAAUAAGAGUGUGUUGCUGUGGUUGCCAUCUCAAUUUCUUAAUUAUGAACUAGCAUGUUUACAUGCGUAGUCGCCGACUACGAUGCUUAUAUCGUGCAUUAAUUAAUAAGAGUGUGUUGUUGUGGAUGCCGUCUCAAUUUCUUAAUUAUGAGCUGGCAUGUUUACAUUAUCGAUCGAAUUAUUAAUAAUAAGAUGCUUGGAUUAA